AGCACUGGCACCGGCUGGGGGCGAGCAGACCUCGAGUAGCCGCCGCCGCCGCCGCCGCCGCCGCCUCAGCCGUUGCGACCGCCGCAGCGGAGUUCAGAGGGCCCUGAGGUGGGAGAGGCUUCCCACACGGUGACUGAGAUGUCUUCCACAGCAGCUUUUUACCUUCUCUCUACCCUGGGAGGGUACUUGGUGACCUCAUUCUUGUUGCUUAAAUACCCGACCUUGCUGCACCAGAGAAAGAAGCAGCGAUUCCUCAGUAAACACAUCUCUCACCGCGGAGGUGCUGGAGAAAAUUUAGAAAAUACAAUGACAGCCUUUCAGCAUGCAGUUACAAUUGGAACUGAUAUGCUAGAAUUGGACUGCCAUAUCACAAAAGAUGAACAAGUUGUAGUGUCACAUGAUGAGAAUCUAAAGAGAUCAACUGGGGUCAAUGUAAACAUCUCUGAUCUUAAGUACUGUGAGCUUCCACCUUACCUUGGCAAACUGGAUGUCACAUUUCAAAGAGCAUGCCAAUGUGAAGGAAAAGAUAACCGAAUUCCAUUACUGAAGGAAGUUUUUGAGGCCUUCCCUAACACUCCCAUUAACAUCGAUAUCAAAGUCAACAACAAUGUGCUGAUUAAGAAGGUUUCAGAGUUGGUGAAGCAGUAUAAACGAGAACACAUAACAGUGUGGGGUAAUGCCAGUUAUGAAAUUGUAGAAAAGUGCUACAAAGAGAAUUCAGAUAUUCCUAUCCUCUUCAGUCUACAACGUGUUCUCCUCAUUCUUGGCCUUUUCUUCACUGGCCUCUUGCCUUUCGUGCCCAUUCGAGAACAGUUUUUUGAAAUACCAAUGCCUUCUAUCAUAUUGAAGCUAAAAGAACCAGACACUGUGUCUAGAAGUCAAAAGUUUCUCAUCUGGCUUUCUGAUAUCUUACUAAUGAGGAAAGCUUUGUUUGAUCAUCUUACUGCUCGAGGCAUUCAAGUGUAUAUUUGGGUAUUAAAUGAAGAACAAGAGUACAAAAGAGCUUUUGAUUUAGGAGCAACUGGAGUGAUGACAGACUAUCCAACAAAGCUUAAGGAUUUUUUACAUAAUUUUUCAACAUAGAAAAAGAGGUACUUGGACGCAUUCAAAGAAAACAUGAAAAGACCUAAGAAAAAAAUAUUUCACCAUCAUUUCCGUAAGCCAUUUUCAGAAUGGUAAGAGGUUUAAUCAGUUAAGUUUUUGUUACCUCAUUUUUAAGAUUGUAUGAGAAUGUAGAAACUAUAUAUUGUAUAUUUAUUUUAAACAAUAUUACAUAUUCUACAUUUGUAAAUUGUUUAGAAAGAUAACUGGUUAUGAGAUAUAAGUAGAAGAUUAUUGAUCAAGAUUUCUGUAUAUGAUGCAGUAUUCUACUAUUAUAAGUAAUUCUGAAAUCAAAGACUAUUGGAUAAAUUUGACAUUAGCCUUCACUGGAAUAAGAUUGUCUAAUUAGUAAAAGAAAAACAUUGAAGGUCAUUACAACUAUUCUGUGUUGUCUUGUUAUUUCUAGGUACAUCUUCGUUAAAGGGUAAAAAUACAAUGGCAAAAGAACUUAGAAAUCAGUGAUAUAGUUAAUCUGGCAAGUUAUACAUUGUAACAGCAG